CUCCCUAGAUCAGAGCUCGGCGAAAGAUCUCGCAACAAUGGCGGCCACGGCGAACGCCUCCCCGCGCCUCCCGACCGGCGCCGGAGUCGUCCGGAGCAGGAGGCCGGCACCAGCGGCCGCCUCUGCUCCCAGAUGGCGCGGCGGGAGCCGCCGCCAGCGGACACUCCUGUGCCGCUCGUCCACGGUUCCGGCCGGAGCUGGCGGGGGCGGGAGGAUGGAGGACUACAACACCGCCAUGAAGCGGAUGAUGCGGAACCCCUACGAGUACCACCACGAUCUUGGUAUGAAUUAUGCUGUCAUAAGUGAUAGCUUGAUUGUUGGCUCGCAACCUCAGAAGCCCGAAGAUAUUAAUCACUUGAAAGAUGAGGAAAAUGUAGCCUAUAUUCUUUGUCUACAGCAGGACAAGGACAUUGAAUAUUGGGGCAUUGACUUCCAAGCUGUUGUCUCUAGGUGCAAAGAACUUGGCGUUGAACAUAUCAGAAGACCGGCAGUAGAUUUUGAUCCAGAUUCAUUGAGGAAACAAUUGCCGAAAGCAGUUUCAGCACUAGAAUGGGCUAUAUCACAAGGCAAAGGCCGAGUUUACAUCCAUUGCACUGCUGGACUUGGGAGAGCACCUGCGGUUGCAAUUUGCUACAUGUUCUGGUUCGAGAAUAUGAAUCUUAACACGGCUUAUGACAAGCUAACCUCCAUAAGACCAUGUGGACCCAGUAAGAAAGCUAUCCGUGCUGCAACCUAUGAUCUAGCUAAGAGUGAUCCGAAUAAAGAAGCUUUUGAGAGCCUGCCAGAGCAUGCUUUCGGGGGAGUGUCGGACUUGGAGAGGAAAUUAAUCCAAGACCGUGUCCGUGCUCUUCACAAGUCUUGAGGAGGGAAACUACAAACGUCAAGCCAUACAGGAGAUGAGGUAAUCUUUUGUUAGAGGAAACAAAGAGUUUUGACCCAAGCUAUUCCCAGAAUAAAGCCGAUGUGUGAUCGUAUUUGUUGGCUGGUAUAUGGUAGUAAUAAUAAGAAGAAAAUAAAGAGGCGUGAAAAGAUGGUGGCUACUCUGCGUGAUGAGCUCGAUUGCAGGUUACUACAUCUUUUCGGCGAGAGGUCAUGUAAAGGGUGUUAAGAUCCAUGUACGUAAUCUUUAGGAAUACCAGUUAGUACAUUUAGUUUGCUGUUGCAAGCCAAAUAUUGAGGCUAUUGGUUGAAAUGUGACUAUAUAUCACAUCAUGGCCAAUUGUGUGUACUCAUUUCGGUUGACGCAGUAAAUUUUAUUUGAAAUAAAAUAAGAAAGGAUGUCACAGAAGUUUCCUA